AUGUCGACACCAGCUCGGAAGAGGCUGAUGAGGGACUUCAGGAGGUUGCAGCAGGACCCACCUGCAGGCAUCAGUGGAGCCCCGCAAGACAAUAAUAUUAUGCUGUGGAAUGCGGUUAUAUUCGGUCCAGAUGAUACACCUUGGGAUGGAGGUACGUUCAAACUGACACUCCAGUUCACAGAAGAUUAUCCCAACAAGCCACCUACUGUUCGGUUUGUUUCUCGGAUGUUCCACCCUAAUAUUUAUGCAGAUGGAAGAUGGAAGUAUUUGUCUGGACAUCUUACAGAAUCAGUGGAGCCCUAUAUAUGA